AAAAUAGUGCCACACCCGCGAAUUUGACUGCCUAACAUCACACUUACUGACAACUUCAGCCUCUUCUCGAUACACAAUAGAAAGGCAUAUCAUCUGUCUAGAAUCCUAUUCGUUUUUCUGUUUUCUUUUUUUCUCGCUCUCUGCAUAGAACUUUGCCAUCUUACCAUAGUCUUCAUCCGACACCUUUCUCCACUAUCCUUUGUUGCGUGCACAUAAGCUUCCGCGGUCAUUCUCUAAUCCCCGAUAGCUUCUAAGGGGUUGCCUGGGUUUCCGCCAUUGUCGUCAGCCGCCAAAACGUGGCCGUGCAUGGGUCAGAACGUCUGAUCAUCAGCUCUUCCUGUCCGUCAACUCGGUUAGACAGUGGAAUAUAUUUCCUUUCCCCGCAAGAAAACCAUAAUUCAACUUCUUAUCACAUCAGCGAAGACCGCCAAAAAGAGAAAUUUCUUUUGCGUCCCCCCUUGCCUAAUCGGCUGACCAUUCAGGAUGGCAGCGAACAGCUACUACAACACUGGGUACAGCAACAACCCACCGACGUACGAACAAGCCAUCCCUCAUACAGACUCGUUCCAUCGACAAUCACCAGCGCCCACUUACACGGGCCCCAGUGGACACCCCUACGCAGACUCUGAACCCCCUCACAUCCGAGACAGCCAGCAUUCCUUAGGGUCCGAUCAGGGCGCGUAUGUGGCAGGCGGAAGGUUAAACGAAGGAGAUCAUUAUGCAGAGAACAUACCCCUGAAGGAGAACACUCAAUACUCAAACGGCCCACCACCUGCCAACUGGAUGCAGCAACCAACGCAUUACCCCCCGGACCCGGCGAUGUUGGAAUCAGCCCCAAACCGAGCUAGAGGGACGAAGAAGGGCUUCUUCAAGAAGAAAGUCCCCUUCGUGACCUAUAUCCUCACCGUGGUACAAAUUGCGGUGUUCAUCGCGGAGUUGGUCAAGAGCGGACAACUCACAGGAUCCCCGAUUCAGACAAAACCUCAAUUCAAUCCGAUGAUAGGACCCUCCGCGUACAUUCAAAUCAACAUGGGAGCGCGGUACGCGCCAUGUAUGAAGAAUGUCGACAAGGUACAGAACUCUCCGGUCGACUUCCUCAUGCCUUGCCCGAAUUCAACAACGAAUGCUUUGGAGUGCACCUUAUCCGAACUGUGUGGCUUCGGCGGUGUUCCCAAUCCGCACGUCGGUGGUUCCGUCGAUGACCAACCGGAGCCCAACCAGUGGUAUCGAUUUAUCGUGCCUAUAUUCCUUCACGGUGGUUUUAUUCACAUUGGUUUCAACUUGCUUUGUCAAAUGACGAUGGGAGUUGAUAUGGAACGGAUGGUCGGAUGGUGGCGAUAUGCCUUGGUUUACUUUGCCAGUGGUAUCUGGGGUUUCGUCCUUGGAGGUAACUAUGCGGCUCCGUUCCAACCCUCUUCGGGAUGCUCAGGUGCCCUAUUUGGCAUUCUUGCACUUUUCAUCUUGGAUCUUUUCUACACCUGGAAAGAAAGACCGUCGCCAUUUGUGGAACUGAUUAUCAUGGUCCUUGGCGUGGGAAUCUCUUUCGUGCUGGGUCUACUACCGGGCCUGGAUAAUUUCUCCCAUAUUGGUGGGUUCGUCAUGGGCCUGGCCCUCGGUCUCUGCAUAAUGAGAUCGCCCAAUGCACUCCGGGAGCGCAUUGGGCUCGCCCGUAACCCUUAUGUGGCGAUGAGCGGUGGUGCUGGUCCCACUUCUGAUGACGAGAACAAAACGACGACUGGCCCAAGUUUCGUCAACCUCUUCAAGGGACGCACGGGUCCGAACUCGUCUUCCGAAACAUCUGGUCCAUUGGGCUUCUUCAAGGGGCGGAAACCACUAUGGUGGGCAUGGUGGUUGGUCCGGGCUGGAGCUUUGGUAGCAGUUAUUAUUGGUUUCAUCCUCCUGAUUGUGAACUUCUACAAGUACCCCAAGUCAAAUUGCUCCUGGUGUUAUAGAAUGAGCUGUUUGCCCGUGCACGAUUGGUGUGAACAAGGCAUGGAGCCCUUCACAAUCACCAAUACCACCACCACGAACGGCAACUGAUUAUGUUUACUCUUCCUUUUCGCCUUUCUACUACUUAUUGAUGACUCUAUCGCAUUUGUUUACAUAAUGAUUCUACCUGCCUUCAUAGCUGUAAACUGUUUUGGGCUCAUACUCUGUUUCGGGACAUCUUCACGGCAUUUGACUGGCGGCGUUGAGUGAUGAUUGCCGCUUAUUUCCUGUGCUUUUACCUAUACCCUUGCAAGGGCAUCGCGUGUAUAAUCACUUUUUUUGUGAUGAGCGUCUCCAUCUCGGGGACGAAUGGGAUUUGAUGAUUUAACUCUAUACCUGUAUUGAAUUUUACUUGGUAGAAGGAAAUACAGCCAUCUAGAUAGGCGUAUACAAACUAGACUGACC